UGUGCCCUCCGUGACAACCCACCCCUCAGCUCAGACGUCUAGUUCCGCCGCCAUCCUCCAUCCCAGAACCCGAUAGAAACAUAGACCUGCACCUAAACAUGAGCUUCACUGUAGAAGAAAGGGGAAACCCGAACUCCCUGAACUACCGCCUGUUCUUCAAAAAUGCUGAUGGAAAGUACAUCUCACCAUUCCACGACAUACCCAUGUAUGCUGAUGAGAGCCAGAACAUCUUUCACAUGGUUGUUGAAGUACCAAGAUGGACGAAUGCAAAAAUGGAGAUUGCAACAAAAGACCUCUUGAACCCAAUUAAGCAAGAUGUGAAGAAGGGCAAGUUGCGAUAUGUUGCCAAUGUCUUCCCUCACAAGGGCUACAUUUGGAACUAUGGAGCCAUUCCACAGACAUGGGAGGAUCCAGCUCAUAAAGACGGAGACACCGGUUGCUGUGGUGACAAUGAUCCCAUUGAUGUCUGUGAAAUUGGCAGUAAGGUGUGCUCCCGUGGUGAGGUAAUCAAAGUAAAGGCGCUUGGGGUCCUGGCCAUGAUUGAUGAGGGGGAGACUGAUUGGAAAGUGAUUGCAAUCAAUGUAGAGGACCCUGAAGCCAACAGCUUGAACAACAUCAGUGAUGUCCAGCGCCUGAAACCUGGCUAUCUGGAGGCCACAGUCGACUGGUUCAGGAGGUACAAAGUGCCAGACGGGAAGCCAGAGAAUCGGUUCGCUUUCAAUGACGAGUUCAAAGACAAGGACUUUGCCAUUGAAGUAAUCAAGAGCACUCACAACUUCUGGAAAGACCUCAUUUCCCAGCAAACGAAUGCAGGAGAACUGAACUGCAAAAACACGUGUGUCUCAGCCUGUGACAGUCUUUUCUGCUGCUCAGCGAAUGAAGCUAAAGCUGCUGUAGGGGAGACAUCUCCUUGUGGAAAAGAAGAGCCCAUCCCCUCAUCUGUUGACCAAUGGUUCUACUACGAGAAGAAGUAAUCCAGGAGCUGUCCUGAUUGGAGCAGAAUGAAAAUGGUCAAUGGAACCAAUAGGAUGAUGACACAUUAGGAACCAACAGGGUGACGCGAUGGUUGGAUGUGGGUCGGCGGUUGUCGUGUAGGUGGAGGGAUAGUGGUUAGAUACUGUAGGGAAAAAGAGAAGUCAAAAAGUGCUCAUGUCUUGACCAAUUUACUUUCACUUAUUUAACAAAGAUCUCUUUGGGGAUGUGCUGUCAUAAACAGUGUACAGGUAGAUACUUGUGUCUUGUAAGAGAAUAAACUGCUUUAAUAAAGCUUCUCUGGGUAAAUUAUCAUCAAAGUGAGUUUAAUGAGUAGAGCUAUGAGUGUGAGAGGUGUGUGGGGACAAUAAAGAAAUUUCUUUAUCUUUUAAAGCAGUCUUGCCUUACAUAGAACUUCCAAAUUGUUGUAAUGCUGCCACCUUGUGUUCACUGGCCCCCUUAACGCUCUUUUUGCAAUCUACUUUCUAUCUUUACUUACUGUAUUUGAGACUAUUGGGGAUGGUUUUGCGCUUUAACAAAUGGUUUGUAUAGCAUAAAUACAUACUCUGCUAUGAGGCAAGUGCUGUAUUUUCCUAUUACUAGCAAGAGUGGUACAUGACAAACUUAAUUCUGCAGAUGCUUUGCUGUAUGUAAUGACUUUACAGCAAAAUAUUCAGCAAGGGCAUCCCUCUGAUAGUUGAUUGUGUCCCUGAAAACUCAAUUCUGUGUAUCAAAGGUACAUAUUUAGAUUUUUUUCCCCAUGAAAAUAAUAAAUUGUGGCCUUAACAUAGUUUAACUCGA